GACGACGCGACGAGAGAAACUGUUGUGUGUGUGAGCUUUACAUUUCCCGGAUGAGGUGGUGAUAACGUUAUGGAAUAUCUGAAAUACCUUUACAUCGUACUUAUUAAAUGCAAAUUUCGCGUACAGCAAACUCUGCGGAAUGCUACCAAGGAGUUUAUAGAGGCUGUUAAUAAAUCUCGAGCCGGCCGUCGGGCCGGUCCCGUAUCCUGGGGAACAGCCGUCAAGUUCCUGGCGGCGCGGAAGUUCGAAGUCGCCCGAGCUUUGGCUCUCUACGAUCAGCAUGAGGCGACGAGGAGACGAGAAGGUCUCGCCCGUCUAAAUCCGACCCAGGAGCCUCUCCACAGCGAGCUUCGUACAGGGAAAUUCACCGUCCUGCCAACGAGAGACGGGACGGGGGCUGCCAUUGCGAUAUUCACCGCUCACCUUCAUCUUCCACAAAACACAACGCACCAGACCACCCUUCAAGGUGUCGUUUACCAAUUGGAUGCAGCCCUGGAAAGUGCGGAAACGCAGCGUCACGGGCUGGUAUUUAUUUACGACAUGUCGGACAGUAAAUAUCAAAAUUUCGACUACGACUUGUCGCAAAAAAUUCUCACCCUGCUUAAGGGAGGAUAUCCGGCUAAGCUGAAGAAGGUACUGAUAGUAACAGCGCCGCUCUGGUUCAAGGCGCCGUUUAAAAUCCUCCGACUCUUCGUCAGGGAAAAACUCCGGGAUCGUGUUUUCACGGUGUCGAUACCACAGCUGACGCUUCACAUACCCAGGGAAUCGCUUUCCCGCCGUCUGGGCGGCACCUUGGAGGUUCAGCAUGACGCGUGGCUACUUCACUGCCUUAAGUCAAUGACUAACCGGGGCGGGGGUGAACUCUGCGAGGUUGCCCCCGGCGUCGUCGCCCCGUUACCCCCGACGCUGAAGAUCCAGAAUCAGCAGCAGAACUCCAACGGCGGACCGAUCGGCAGUCCAACCAGUCCCCUUAACGAGAAGCUAAAGGCGAAGAAUGGCGUCGCGAACAACAGCGAAAUCGAGACCUCGAACGAGCACACGAACGGCGAUCACUGGCCCGGAAGCGACGAGGCGCCCUCGCCUGUUCAACCCCCGUCUUCGGCCAGUUCCGGUUUCAGCGACGACGACAGUCUCCACGGUGACCUUGCACUUCAGGCCGUCUCGAUGGAGCAGCUUAUCGAGGCUGUGCACACCAGGGGGAAAGUCGGACUCGUCUCCGAGUACAUGGAGAUCAGACAGAGACCGCCGGAUGGCUCCUUCAAUCAUGCAAAACUCAGAGCGAACCAGCCGAAGAACAGGUACACCGAUGUCUUGUGCUACGAUCACAGCAGAGUGAGUCUGUCGGAAGUGGAAAAUGAUCCAUCUUCGGAUUACAUAAACGCGAAUUUCGUCGACGGUUACAAACAGAAAAAUGCUUUCAUAAGCACCCAGGGUCCAUUACCAAAGACAUGCGGUGAUUUUUGGAGGAUGGUUUGGGAGCAGCAAAGCCUUGUCGUCGUUAUGACUACGAGAGUCGUCGAACGGGGGCGUACAAAAUGCGCCCAAUACUGGGGGCCCAAACCCGGGGACGAAGUUUCGGCUGGAGGAUACACAGUCACUACUCUCGAAGUUGAAACGAAUCCUGACUACACGAUAUCCAUGCUCCUCCUCACCAAUGACAAGACGGACGAAACCAGGGAAGUGUGUCAUAUGCUGUAUACAGCCUGGCCAGAUUACGGUGUACCACAAUCGGCGAAAGCCUUGCUACAGUUUUUAUCAUUAGUCAGACAACAACAGAGCAAACUUCUUGCUAGUCGAGGUGACACUUGGGCAGGCCAUCCUCGAGGACCUCCGAUAGUAGUUCAUUGCAGUGCGGGCAUUGGAAGGACAGGGACCUUUUGCACCCUGGACAUUUGUAUAUCGCGUCUCGAAGACACGGGGACAGUUGAUGUCCGGGGGACGGUCGAAAAAAUCCGAGCCCAAAGAGCGUACAGCAUCCAAAUGCCUGACCAGUACGUAUUUUGUCACAGAGCACUAGCGGAGUACGCGUUAUCUCGCGGUAUGCUGAGUCCACAGCACCUGGCAAUGCUGCCGUCGACCGUUGAAGAGGAUUCUGACUAAUCUAUAGCUAUUUAAUUGUAUUAUUGUGUAAGGCCCAACCUGUAACCAAACCCUUUCGUCCUGUUCCUCGACUCACAGGGUCUAACAAACAAUUCCGGAGGAAAACGUAUAUUUAGGUAACGCGUUACUGAGAGCUGACUGGAAAGUGCUGUUCCUGAUUAUCCAGUAUAGAAGUGUACAUUUUUCAACAAUUCUAGAUGCCAUCACGAAGUGAGUUUUUUUUACAUCAAUUUAAAGACCAUUUUAAAUGGUGAACAAUUUUUUCGCGGGUCAACGGGUAUCUGGGGUGUUCUUUUCGCUCUGUCCCUCUCUUAGUUUUUUCUUUCUCCUCUUCUUUUGCGUCAGCAUUUGUAUAUCCCACUACUUCCAGUACUCAAAAAUAACCAACAUAUAUUGGAGGUCUGUUCGUUGCUGCGAUACGGUCAAGCCAACUUUCGACAAAGAAAAAUUAUCCGUUUCGUUAUUCAUCUUGAGAUGAAAAUAUCCCGUAAUUUACAGUAAUUUUUCCAAUCGGCGUUUUAAACUCUAUCGUUGAUGAUAAUAGAGCUCGAAAUUGAUAUUAUGAAUAGAAAUGAUUCAUUUUCAUUUAUUGAUUGGAAAAUAAUUGCAAAAAUUAGAACCGUAAUCUUGAAAAAUGAGCGUAAUAGAAUUGAUGCCGAAUUUCAAAUAAAUUUUUAGGUUAUAGAGUAUUGCGACUGAUGGAGUAUAAUGGGGAUUUAGUAGAACAAUCAAUUGGACUGAGUGCAGAACAUUUUUAAAU